AUGCUACGCCCAACCCGAUCCAAUCUUCGACCCACCGGAUCCUCAUCUUACAGCCCUUUAUCCUGCACAUCGCAGCAGUGCACCUCCUUGAGCCCGAAUUACAAGUGCGGCCGAAACAAAGCUUGCAUCUAUGAAGCGUUGUACUGGGAUAAUUCCGCCAGUAUUGGAGAAUUUGCCACUGAAACGGUGUCGUUCGGGAGUUCGGGUUCGGUCCAGAAAGUGGCUAUCGGGUGCGGGCAUGAGAAUCAAGGCCGAUUUGGCAAGGCAGCUGGCAUACUUGGCCUUGGGGGCACUGCAGUAGGCAUUCCUUCUCAAAUUCAAGCGAAGUCUUUCUCCUACUACCUCGUGGAUUUGGACUCCAGCUCGUCCUCAACUCUUGAGUUUAACUCAGCUCCACCCGGUGACUCAAUCCUCAUUCCUUUGAUUAUGAACCUAAAAUCUGAGAUUUAUUACUACGUGGAACUCACGGGGAUCACUAUUAAUGGAGAACAAAUGCCCAUUCCUGCAUCGGAUUAUCAAAUAGGAGAAGAUAGGCGUGGGGGGAUCAUCGUUGACUCGGGUACCACCAUAUCGGCGUUGCCAGCUCAGGUAUAUAACUCGGUCCGAGACACCUUUGUUAAGUACGCUAAAAACUUGCCUCCCGCCGGUGCGGUCGGUGAUCUCGACACUUGUUAUGAUCUAUCCUCUAUGCCCACCAGAGAUGGCUUCCCAAUGAUAUCGUUUCAGUUCUUCGGAGGCAAGACGUUGCCGCUGAAACCUCAAAAUUACCUGUUUCGUGCUGGUUCCGGCGGCACGUUCUGUUUGGCUUUUAAGACCACUUCUCAAAGUGUCUCAAUAAUCGGCAACACGCAGCAGCAGGGGUUUCAGGUUACUUACGACCUUGCCAACAAGAUGUUUGGUUUCAGACCAAAUCAAUGUUAA